AUGAAUCCCCAAUUACUCAGACAAUUCUUAGUAUCAUUACCUUCAAAAUUCCAAUAUGAAAAUACAAAGUAUAUUGAACAUAAUUUAUAUAAAGCACUUUUCUAUGCUAUCACCAAUGAAGGAGAAUUUAUUAAAGAUUUGUUCCCCAACAUCACUGAUAUAGAGAUUAUGGAUUUGAAUGAUUACAACAUACAAAUUGAAUUAGCUGAUACUCCUAAUUUUUAUAGUGAAUCCAAAUCCAAUGCUUAUUAUCAUGCUAAAGGAACUUCUUGUGCAAGGUCUUUGAACAAGGGAGAACCGGUUUAUAGAUGUGAUGAUUGUGGAUUUGAUGCAACUUGUGUUUUAUGUGUUCAUUGUUUUAACGAAGAUGAUCAUCAAGGUCAUAAUGUUCAAAUGUAUAUUGCUAAUGAUGCUACCAAUGGAAUAUGUGAUUGUGGAGAUCCAGAAGCUUUCGUGGAUACUUUGAAAUGUAAAUGUACAUUAAUUGACACACCACCUAGUGAUAUUCCUGAAGAAUUCAAACUGAGUAUAAAGUCCACUAUAAGAGUACUAUUGGAUUAUGUUUUAGAUGUAACGAAUUUUUCCAUAUCUCCAUUACCUUUCAUUCAUGAACAUAUCAAUAAAGGUCAUAGCAUUUUGACAUCUGAAGCAUUAUCUGAUUACUCAUCAUUACCGGUUUCGAAGUAUGGAAUUGUUGAUGAAAACCCUCUGAAAUGGGUCUUGGUACUAUGGAAUGAUGAAUAUCAUACAUACCCUGAAGCCACUGAAGCUAUAGAAUCAGCCGUACAUGUCAGCUCAUCGGAAGCAGAUGGAAUUGCUGUUGAUAUCAAUGCCACUGGAAGGUAUCCAUUAAAAAUUGGAGAUUCUCCAGUUUCCUUGUACAAAGCUUGGGAUGCCAUCGAAGCAAGUGGUUUGGUAGCAAGUAUUGUAAGUGUCAGGGAUUAUUUCCGUGAAGAAAUGAUCCAUAAUAUCUUUGCUUGGUUUGGUGAAUUAUUGGCUUUCGAUAAUGCUCCAUUCCGUGAUUAUUGUAGAUUAGCUUUAGGUGAAUUAUUAUUGGAACCAAACUAUAAGUUUGAAAAAUCUUUACCUAACACUUUGAUUGAAGGCUUAUCCAUUGAUAUUGAAAGAAGAUGUUUUGAAAAUAGUUUACUCUAUGGGGGAAAAUUAGUUAAGGGAGGAUUGACUCGUGUAAGAUCAGGCUUCACUCCUAAAGACUUGAGUAAAUCUUCACAUUUAGUCUUAGAACCAUCAGUCGAGGAUUUUGAUAAUUCAAGGGUUCAAUUCUUAUUGGUUUUCUCCAUUAGAUUUAAAUCCAUUUUAAGGAAAUUAUUAUGUCAAAUCAUCAUUCCUCCAGUAUUAACAGAUUCGAAAUUGAAAUCAAUUUUCUGUAGACAAUACACCCAGAUAUAUCCUCAGUUGAUAACUUCCCUUGCGUUAGUCGAUAGAGAAGAAUUAUUGAGUUGUGUGGGAGAAAUUAGUACCCAAUUGAUGACAUGCCCUACUAGUGUGAAAUAUAUCCUAGAAUCAGGUAAUAUAGGUAAUGUGGUAGGUCCAUUAGCUCAAAUAAUUGAGGAGCAUGCAGGUAAAUGGAAUUACGAUACAGGAUAUCCUAAUUUUCAUGAACCUUUGACUGGAAGAUCAAACAGACGAAUCUAUGAAGCCAUUACAAGAUGUCUCCACGAUAUUAAUUAUAUUGUUGAUUCCAAUCUUGCAGAAAAAUCUUUACAUGUAUUAUUACAAGAUUCUAAUCUUGCGUUGAUAUUAUUAUUAUUAAGGAAUUUCCAAGGUUAUUGGACUAUUGAAAGGAAAUAUGGUGAUCAUGUGGAACGAGAAAUCUUGGAUUUCGUUAUUCAUUUACGUUAUUCUGUUCCUAUCCUCAAACUAUCCAAACAAGUGGGUGAAGCAUCAACCAAUAAUGAUUCUAUGGUGCAACAAGCCUGUAAAUUAAUCAUGGAUUAUCUUAAUUUGAGGAAAAUCAACCAAAAAGCUCCUGGAAUUGCUGAAUUCACUGUUAGUAGAGAACCUGUUUCUUUUGUUCAUCCCAUUAAUUCAUUAUUAUCAUAUUUAAUCCAAAAUCAUAAUUUCGAAAUAUUCCAUGAUCUAUUGAAAUCCUAUAAUGCACCAUUUAUGAAGAUUUCUGAUGUGUCUUUGAGAAGUAUCGUACUUGGGAAUCAAGUUAAAAUUGGUUUUUGGAUAAGAAAUGGAAUGUCAGUAUCUCGUCAAGCUUCUUUAUAUAUCAAUAGUGUAAUGGCAGAUUCGGCUUAUUGGAGAGAUUUCCAUUUGAAUCAAAUUUGCUUGUUAAAAGAUGACCCAAAAUCAACAUUAUAUAAUUUCCUUGAUAGGUGGGAAUUACUUGAAUGGUUUAGUGGUGAUGUUACAUAUUCCGAAACCAUUUAUGAAGAAAAAUUCUCUGCUAUUAGUGAAAGAUUCAUUUUAUUUAUUUAUAAUUUACUUGUUGAUAGAACAUGUUUCAUUGAAUCGACUAAAGAAAAAAGGAUUGCAGAUACAGCUAAGAAGACCAUCAGUUAUUCAUUGAGUGAAGAGCCAAAACCUUAUUCCAGUGUCAAAGAUGAAUUAGAUGUUGAAAUCAGUGGUAAUGCUCAAUUCGAUAAUUGGUUGAUGGAAGUAGCCGAUUACCAACCACCAACUAAUUUGGUGGAUUCGGGUAUGUACAGAUUGAAACCUCAUGUUUAUGGAGAUUUAGAUCCUUUCAGUAUUCAUUUAGAUUCAAGUCAAUCCCUGGAUGUUGGUGAAUCUAUCGUCAAAUAUCUUUCUAAAAUUCAAAAAAUCCCUGAAAAUGAAGUUAAUUUGAAACCUAGGAUAAUCUUUUCUGACAACAAUUUUGUUAAUGAUAAUAUUGGAGAAUUUACCAGAACAAACUUCUUUGCCAAGUUGAUCUAUAAAUUCUUACAAGUUGCCAUUGAUACAAAAGAUGAAACCUUCUUGCCUCACUUACUUCAAUUGAUUCAUGCUUUGAUUCUUGAUAAUGAAAAUGUUAGAGGUUUGAAUACGAUUCCUGAAGCUUUUGUUACUAUACCUGUAGGAGAUUUAUUAUUGAAUAUUAUUGAAUCUACCAUGUCAAAGAAUUUAGUUAAUAAAGCCAAUUUCUUACUCAAUGCAUUUAUUGAAGCCGACCAAAGAGUGAUUGAUUCGUUGACUGAUUGUUUUGGUCAAGAUCAUAUUGAUGAAUUCAUGAAAAGAAGAGCCAGUGUUUUCGAAUCUGAAUCUGAAAAGAGGAAAAGAAUUGCCAGUGAACGUAAUGCUAAAGUUUUAAAGAAAUUUGCCAAACAACGUAAGAAAUUCUUAGACAAAAACACCGAUUUAAAAGUUGACGAUAAAUCACCAGUUGAUCACCAAAAGAGAAAUUGUGUCCUUUGUGGAGAAUCUGAAGAUAACGAUGAAAUCUUUGGAUUGUUAGGAAGCGUAGUCAAUUCAUCUAUUUUAUGGAAAGUUACUCAAGAUGAUCCAAUCACUUUCAAAUCAGCAUUUGCUAAUUAUGGUGAUCAAAUACCUUCAGGUGAAGUUUAUGGUAAGGGCCAUAAAUAUCAUUCUAAACCCACCUGGUUUAACAAUUUAAAAUAUGAUGCUUUUGUAGCAUCAACAUGUACUCAUGGUAUGCAUUAUCAAUGUUAUAGAAGAGCCUGUGGAAGAUCUAAUCAUUUUGCAUGCCCCUUAUGUCAUACUAUUCAAAAUAUCUUCAUUCCAAGUUAUUUACCUCCAAGUACCGGUGGUGGUUUAAACGUUUCACAAUUAGAAUAUGACCCUAUCAAUACCAGAUAUAACACAAUAUCACAUUCUAGCGGUGAAUUUAAAUCUAGAACUUUAAUUGAUUCAUUAUUCCAUGAAAACUUAACUGAAUCUUCAAUGUUGCAAUUAAGACGUCAUCUAGAUGUAUUUUCUGAUGAUUUCAAUCUUAAAUUAAGGAAAAGUAAUUUCCUUGAUGGUGAAAGUAAACCCAUAAAAUAUUUCAACAUCCUUUCUAAAUUAUCAACCUUAAUUGCUGAUACUAUUAGGAUGCAUGAGAUUACUUCAAGACUUCAAGGUGAUGAAGGAUAUCAUAAUUUCUUGAAUAUUCCUGGUUCAGCGAAGACUUUGAUCAAAACUUUGAUUCAAUGCAGAGCUUUAUUAUUUGAAUUAAGAGAAAUGCCUUCAUUAUUAGGAUCUUCAAGUAAUUUGGCUGUUGAAAUUGAAAACUUCUGGGAAUCGAAAUAUUUGGUCGACAGUGUAUUCAAUGAAGUUAUUAUGUUAUUCUUCCAAACAGAUGAAUCUUUCAAGACUUUGGUAAGACUUGGAUUUACCAAAAUUGUUACUAUAUGCUUCUAUUCUUUGAUUAUAAGAAGUAAAGAAGGAGGAUUUGAUUUGCUGGAUUUAAUGAAUAAACCAUUAGAAGAUACUGUUUUGGAUGAUUUGUACAAAUUAUUCGAUCAUGGACAACAACAGAAUAAUGUCAAUUUUUUCAUCAAAGGAGAAAGCAAAUCAUAUUUUACUGCCAUCUACUAUUCGGUUGAAAAAUGUGUUUUACCAUUUUUAAGACAAUUACUUAUAUUUAAAGAUAUCUUAACAUCAACUAAUGACGGUGAUAAUGAACAUACCCUGAUUGAUAGAUUGAAGAACUUACCUUUUGAGAUAAAAAAUCAAAACAGAUUGGAAAGUUCUGAUGCUUUAUGUAAAGCUUUAAGUAUCCCCACAUUGAAAGAAUUACUUCAUGGACUUUUCCCUGGCAGUUUGGAAUUUGAACAUAAAAUUCAUGAUAUUGUUAUUAGUGCUAAAAUUCCUAAAUAUUUGGAUUCGGGAAUUUUAACCAUUGAUUAUCCUGGAGUCAUCAAGUUAAUUGACUUACCUAAAGAUUACAUGGCAUGCUUCAUGGAUAAGGAAAGUAUUCACAAAAAAGUUUAUGACAAUUAUAUUUGUCUUCAUUGUGGUGUGAAAUUACCUGGUGGCAGAUAUUAUCGUCACAUGAAGAAAUGUUCAAGUCAUACAUGUGUUUUCUUCCAUCCUUCCAAAAACACUUUCAGAUUGGUUACACAUAUUCGUAGUGGGCCUGUUAGUUUGAUAACUCCAGGUCCGUACCUUACAAUACAUGGAGAGGUAGCAGAACCCAGAAGUAAUGGGAAAGCUACUUUAAAUGAUGCUAGAUAUCAUGAUUUAAGCAAACAAUGGUUGAAUUUAGGACUUUACGGUUUUAUUACUAGAAAUCUUUAUGGAGCAAGACAGACCAAUGGAGUACCUUUAACUACUUUUGAUUUCACCACUCCUGAUGAUCUUGGUGAAGAUGCCAGUAGUGAAGAAGAAGAAGUGGAUGAUUAUUUCUAUAAUCCAUUCGCCUGGUGA